AUGUACUCGGACCGGGUGUCGGGUACGUGGGCGCCCGGCUCGAACACAAGGUUCCACCCAGCGCGAACGAUCCGCUGGCGAGAGCUCACAGGCCUGCAGCACCUCGCCGACGGGGCGAUGUGCUCGUGCUACACGGCGCAUCUGGCGGGGCACGGAACUGUGGUCGUCAAGAAGCCGAGUCGGCGCAGCAACGAGACUCUGGAGGAGAUCGAGCGGGAGUUGGACAUCGAGAAGGCCUACCUCGCCAGCUUGCAGCACCCCAACAUCGUGAGGCUCAUCGGUAGCGGCCGCCGCGGCAUCAAGAACAAUUUCCAGCCCUUCCUCGUGCUCGAGUACCUGUCCGGGAACACCCUCGCUAACCUCAUCUCCAAGCGGAGGCGCGGCGAGUUCGAAAUCCCCCAUUUCGUCUUGGACGGCAAGAAGAACUACAUCCCCUGGGCGCAGGCCAUGGGGUGGGCACAGGACAUGGCGUCGGCACUCCACUACAUGCACCACGAGGCCUCUCCGGGAUACAUGUACAUAUGCCGAGACCUGAAGCCGGACAACAUCGGCUUUGCCGCGGACGGCACUCUCAAGAUGUUCGACAUGGGGCUUGCCAAAAGGGUGGCGAGGAAGUCGGGCACAAACCAGCGGUACACGAUGACGAGUAGAUGUGGUACCCUUCGCUACAUGCCACCAGAGGCGUUCCUCGGGUGCUCGUACAACGAAAAGGUGGACGUCUACGCGUGGUCCCACGUGGUAGCGGAGAUGCUCUCCCUCGAUGUGCCGUACGAACACAUGGGCACCCACGAGUUCCGAGCGACGGUGGCCCUGGGUCGCCGGAGACCCAACGUAGAGAGGCGGUGGCCGCGGAGCAUACAGCGCCUGCUGAGACGGUGCUGGGACCGAGACCCGGCCGUGAGGCCGAGCUUCGGGGAGAUUCUGGAGGCGGGCGUUCUGGAGCAGGCAGCGGGCCCCCAACAAUCCUGGUUCCACCACUUCAGCCUCCGGCGGCCCUCGUCAGCAACAGCCACCAGAGACGAGGCGACUGCUGUGGCGAACGCCGACCAGAACCUCACCGAACGUGCUUCGCGCGGGCGGAUAGCGACCAUCGACCUCUCCGGCGACCCCAACCACCGGUCCCCCGCCCCGCAGCCCGAAGGGGCUUCGGUGGCCCCGGUGGUAACGGUGGGAGACUCAGAGGAAGAAGACGCGGCGGGAGUAGGAACCCGGCCUAACUCCACCCCCGCAAGGCUCAUCCGGCUCGGACCGUGGGCACUACCCGUGUGCUUUUUUGGAGGCGGCGCACGGGCAUAGACUACCACUGCUGUGUGGACGUUGUUUUUUGUCUGUUUCGUUGUGUUAUAGAAACCCUACGCGUGCGGCCGCUCCGCUUUGCGCCGCGCUCCUUGUUGUUGUCUUAGUGUCGUUUUUUCAGCGGAGUGUUCUUCUUGGUGGUUCAAAGAAAAAAAGAGUGUGUGUCGGGUGAUGAUGUGCUGGCCAACAGAUUUUUAAGAGGGUGGCCGGUUUAGAGGUGCUGGGGGACGACGUGUAUGUGAGGUGUGGUUGUUUCGACGGUCCGUGUCAACAGUGGCAGCGGUGUCUUUGGUGCGUUUCUUUCUUUGUUCGUCGUGGUCGUCUUGUUUUGUGUAGUUGAACAAUAAGUAACCUGCUCCGGUCGGUCUUGCGCCGUCUGCCCACAUACAUGUGGAGUUUUUUUUCAGGCCCUAGACGAUUAUUAGGAAAUUAGAUGAUCGGCUCGGCUAGAGGUCCUUCGGGUUUUAAAGUUGUACGUUGUCAUUGCAUUGUACGAAGUAGCCCUCCUGGGGUACACUAGUCUAUCUACGAGUACAGGUGUACGGGAUGAGCUGGAGUCCGUGCAUAACGAUGCUUGAGUGAGAUGAUGACCAGAGAGAGAGAGAAAGAAAGUCUAUUGCCUUGCUUGAUGGUCAGGUUGCCGGUUUGGUUCCGCUGCUAUUUUUUAUAUAUAUUAUAAAGUAAGAAAUUGAAGCUGGUCUAUGGUAUGCAACCACGGUUGGUUGUCCUGCCCUUUGGUUAUCACCCCGUAAACACUUAUAGCGAAUGAUUGUACUCUCCACCACCUCGUCGUGUGUUG